AUUAAAUACAACUACGUAAUUAUUUGUUUAUUGAUUUUAUAUGGAUUAUUUAAUACGGCAUGUAGAAGUCAGCUCAGGGACAUUUGUACGUGAUGACGUUGCUCAAAGAACGUAAUACGUUGCUGCUGAAAUGCUAAUUGAAAGCUAAGUGGCUACUUUCUACACCGUUCCUUGCCUCCUGUUGUUACCUGCGGACAAGCUGGCCUGAAAUACCAUUAAACUUAUUUAGGAAACCGUUAACAUUCUUCAGAGCAUCUCGGUGUCCGGUGUCGGGCCGUAGCUAUGGCUCUGCAAGGCCCGGAGGAGCUGGGGGAGCCGGUCGAAGAGCCGGAGGAUCUGGACGACCAGGACGCUAGCAGCAUCUCCCCGGCCGAGGAGAUAACGCUACCCCCAGGGCCUGGAGGCGACGAGGAGACGGAGGAGGCUCUUCUGCUGCCCUGGGACCGUUUCUCCGCCUGGCUGCACUGCAUUUGUGUGGUCGGCUUCGACCUGGAGCUCGGACAGGCGGUGGAGGUCAUUUAUCCUCAUCAUUCCAAACUGUCGGAGAAAGAGAAAACAAGCAUCUGCUACCUUUCAUUUCCUGACUCCAACUCAGGUUGCCUUGGUGACACACAGUUCUGCUUCCGGUUCCGGCAGGGUUCCAACAGGAAGACAUCACUUGGCUGCUUCUUGGAAACCACUGACAGAGACGCGCCACCUUGUCUGAAGAGGGAGCAGGGCCAUUACUACGGUUAUGUGUACUUCCGUCAGGUGCGAGACAAAUCUCUGAAGAGAGGAUACUUCCAGAAGUCUCUCGUCUUGAUCAGUCAGCUGCCCUAUGUGACCUUCUUCCACUCGCUGCUGAAGAUUAUGGCUCCUGAAUACUUUGAGAAACAGGAGCCCUGCCUGGAGGCUGCUUGUAAUGACAUCGAUCGCUGGCCAACGCCUCAUCCUGGACGAAUCCUGACGCUGCCUAUCAUGGGUGUAGUCCUCAAGGUUCGCAUCCCAACCUCUUAUGAUAAACCAGGAACGUCACAGCUGGUCCAAUCCGCCCAGAGUGAUAGCAUGGUGUCCAUUGUGCUCCCAACAAUUCAUGAAGUGGACCUCUUCAGGUGUUUCUAUCCAGUCUUCUUCCAUCUCCAGAUGCUUUGGGAGUUGGUGUUGCUGGGGGAGGCACUUGUUGUCAUGGCGCCAUCACCAGCAGAGUCAUCUGAUACUGUGCUAGCGUUGGUCAGCUGCAUUGCUCCUCUGCGUUACUGCAGUGAUUUCCGGCCGUACUUCACCAUUCAUGACAGUGAGUUUAAGGAGUACACCACCAGGACGCAGGCUCCGCCGUCAGUCAUUCUAGGAGUGACCAAUCCUUUUUUUGCAAAAACUCUGCAGCACUGGCCGCACAUCAUCCGCAUCGGAGACAUGAAACAAGCAGGAGAGAUGGCCAAGCAGAUGAAAGUCAAGAAACUGAAAAACCUCAAAACUCUGGACUCUAAACCCGGUGUGUACACUGCAUAUAAACCGUAUCUCAACAAAGAUGAAGAAAUCAUCAAACAGCUUCAAAAGGGUGUUCAACAGAAGAGACCCUCUGCAGCCCAGAAUGCAAUUCUUCGACGCUACUUCUUAGAACUUACACAAAGCUUCAUCAUUCCACUGGAGCGGUACGUGGCCAGUCUGAUGCCUCUCCAAAAGUCCAUCAGUCCCUGGAAGAGUCCUCCUCAGCUACGACCGUUCAUACAGCAGGACUUCAUGAAGACACUGGAGAAAGCUGGACCUCAGCUUACGUCCAGACUGAAAGGAGACUGGAUAGGACUCUACAGGCAUUUCCUCAAGUCUCCCAACUUUGACGGCUGGUUCCGCAACAGGAGGAAAGAGAUGACACAGAAACUGGAAGCCCUGCACCUCGAGGCGCUGUGUGAGGAGGAUCUACAGAAGAGAAUCCAGAAGCACACUGAGGUGGAGACAGUCGAUCUGGUCCUGAAGCUGAAAGACAAACUGACUCAGGCGGAGAGGGAGAAGUUACCGGUGCGUCCCGGGACCUUGGAGAAGCUGAGAGCCCAUAUCGAGGGUGUCAUCCUGACCUUACCAGAGGACCUGCAGGGCAUCCUUCACAAGCCCACCACGCUCUGACCUCUAACCCUGCAGCCUGCAACACUAACCCCAGUUAAAGCUUGUUUUAAAGUUUUGGGUGGGGGUGCCUAGUGGCUUUCCUCCCAGUCGGUUUCCAAGGUGAGGGUGACGUGGACCCUCUUUUACUCGGACUGGGUGCCAGUUUAAAUCUGCUCGGGUCUAAGAUGGAAAGCACAUACUUGGGUGCUAGCUCACAAUGAGUCAGACUAAACAGCAUUUCAGUGAUCAUGGUUUUUUUUUUUUUUAUAAAGAUGACCAGUCGAACCAGGAUCGAUCAGGAAGUGUUUAAAAACUGCUACUUUUUUUUUUUUCUUUUUUUAAAUCACUGCUACAUUACUACAUGAAGAAAGCCUGGAGGGCUCGAUCCUGAUAGCAUUUUCUGAACAGUCUGAGGCUGCGUGCGCAAGCAACAAGAAGAUGACUUUUACUGACCUUUGACCCUGGGCGUUUUUACCUCCUUAACAUUUUUUUUUUUUUUUUUAAACUUUGAUGGCGGGUCGCUGCAGUCUAACUGAACAAAAUCCGGAAAUGUAAAAAGUUUCCCAAAGAAGUGCACUUCAUCCAUAACAGGACCAGUGUGCCCUUCUCACACCACACACCUUUAUGCAAACAAGCUGAGCCAAGCAGUGCUUUAUAAUGGGAUGUUACUAAAACACACACACAGCACUAACCACCAGCGACCCCUGCAGUAACUCUCUGCAGGAGCCAGUCAUCUUCUUUUAUCCAUGUCACAUGAUCGUUACAUGACCUAUCAAAACAAAAUUCAGAAUGGUUUUUAUAUUUGUUUGUUUUUUUGUUGUUGUUUGCUUUGUUUUGUUUUUUUAACUUCUGAAUUUUUGUGUCACUGUUGUGUAAAAUCAUGUAGAAUCUCCUCCGACAGGUGAGGAAAAUCUUUGACCUGCUCGAGUGUGAACUUUACAAGCCCGUAUCCACCAAGAAAGAAAAAUAGAUCAUUUGAAAAAUACUUGCAGCAAUGCAAAUUUAAAAGAUACCUUUUAAAAGAAAAAACGUUUUUCAUUUGAAUGAAUGAGAGGACACCAAAAAAUAUGAGCUAGAACCCAAAGUUUGAUUUCUAGAGAUAAUUAUUGUUUUAUGAUAAUCGGUAAUAAUGAGAGAUUAACUUUCUGAAAUACUGUGUGUUGUUUUGUGAACUUCCUUCUUUUCUCCUGAUUAGUUUCUGUGUCACUAUCACAAUGAGGUUAUUCCUGUAUCUUAUUGACUUCGAUUUUAAAGGGUUCACAAAAUUUUUCUUAGAAGUUAUUUGGCCAUUUUAACACUUUUAAACUUGAAGUAUUUUCCAAUUUCUUAUAUUUAACUCUUUAAAAAAUGAAAUGAUGGAAUGGACUUUUAUUGUGAAAAACUGAAGCUUGAGCCUUCCUUUCUUUCUGGAAAGUUUUUCACUGGUUCAUAAAAGUAAUAAAAUCCAGCAAAUGUCCCUGUAAUGUAGAGAAAAGUGGGGGAUCACUGCAGCAGUUGGCGCCACAUGUUUGAUUUGGCAUCUUUAAAGCUGUUUACUCUUCCCAGCGCAAUUCUUAAACGUUUGUUUCUCAUCGCAGGAUCAAACUGCGUAUCUGUUUCCGCUCAAGACCGUUCAUAGAAAAAUAAACUUUUUAAAAGCCAAAACAGCUCUUUUAAGCAAUUAUUUUAAUGCACUUUCAAGUCCUUACUAUGAACUGAAAUAAACUGUCAGUUGUUUUGACUUUAAAAAGGUUUAUUUUCUGUUUAGUUUUUUCCUGAAAAAUGUCAACAACUUGUACAAAGAUAAAUAGAAGCUGUUCUGUCUUAUUCACCUGAAAAAAACGUUUUUGAUUGUAGAGCAGUUUGGAUGACACAAAGUCUGAGACUCAGUAAGGGUGGAGUGCUCCAUGUGGAUUGGGAAUAAGUUGCUACCUGAAUUGGAGGGUUUUGUGUGUUCUUGUUCAGGAGUGAGGGUGGAGUGGAGUGGGAGCUGGGCAGACAGAUGUGUGUGGAGUCAGCUGUGGUACAGAGUGUUAAACUGAAGCUGCUUAUCUACAUUUCUAGAAAGGAGGCAGUUGUGGUGGUUCAUCAGCGUAAGAUGCCUCCAGAGCAUCUCCUAGAUGAGGCGUGUUAGGCAUGUCCUGCUGGAAGGAGGUCUCAGUGCAAACCAGGACACGCUGGAGAGAUUGUCUCUCAGCUGGCUUGUGAACACUUGGUUGUCUCCCCAGAAGAGCUGGUGACAGGGAGUUUUAGAUGACUCUGCUGAGGCUGCUGGGCCUGUGAACUGGUUCCAAAAAGGAGGCAGAAAAUGGAUAGAUGGAUGGGGGGCUUUCAAAAAUGGCACUGCUGUGCUUUAAAAUGUAUUCAUUCUAAUGACUAACAAACAAUGAACUUUGUAUGUAAAAUAGUGGUCACGGUUGCUCAGGAUAAUACACAGAUGCUGAUUCUUCACAUUAUAUUUAAUUUUAGGAGGUUUAAAUUCUUUUGAGACUUUUUGUUUGUUUGCUUGUUUUACCUCAAACCUUUCAAAAUGAGCUAAAGCUAUCGAACACAUUGUGAACAAAAACCACUUUGACUAAAGAGAUCUCGACUGGCUGCCCUAUAUGUAAUACCACUUUGUACCACAAGAUGGUGCAGUGAGUCAGUGUAACCGUUAGUUAACCUGUCAGAUUAUUUAGAGCCCAUAUUAACAAAAUGAAAAGUGUUUGUGUGGAAAUAGAUAUAAAGCUAAAAAUUAAUAUUAAAAGUCAAGCUGCAGCAACAGCUCCUUCAUAGCACACAAUGAUUAAACAUGAAAAUCAGGAAAGCCAGCUAAAUGUUGAAUUUUAUGAUUGCAUCACUAUGAUCUGUGAUAUUUCAAAGAUUUCUGUACAUUUUCUAAAACGUAAAAGCAAUAAUGGUUUAACAACUUGGCAGUUUGUAUUUUCAGAAAACAAAUUAAAACGCCUCGUUCUCAUUUUUCUGAAAGAGAAUACAUACGUCGGCACAUACAGUUAUUUUAUGUUUGCAUUGCACAUCAUCGGAACAUUGAAUGGACUUGCAAGCUUGUGGAUGUGUUUUCCUGCCAUCAUGUAACAGCUGUUUUAUAAAUGCUUUGAAUUUUGCCUUUUUUAUUACGCAGACAACUGUAAAGACAAAAAAAUGUACUGGUUGGAAUAACCUGUGACAUCUGGUUGUUGGGCAACCAUGCAAAUUUUAUAUUUGUAUUUUAAAAACAAAAAAAAACAGUAAUAUUUUACAACUUUUAAUUUUUUAAUGGAGGGCUAUUCUUAUUCCACAGUGUAGCAACUGAGGAGUUUUUUUGUACAUAAAGCUGUAAAGUAAAAUGUUCGCCCACAUAUGAGGAUGUAUGAUAAUUAUUUUGCUAUUCAAACAGAUGUCUUUGCUAAUUAUUAACUAUAGUGACGCCACUGCAGCGCUGAAUAGCUUUUACGAGAAUAUUUACACUGCUCUGGAGGCACAGGGACAUCUUGAAUUUGUAGAUUUUUCUCCAAAAGAAACAAGUCUCUUAUCAACAGAGAUGUGAUAAGAGACUGGAACAUCAGGAAGGUUCAAAUCACGCCAUCAAAAACCCAAAUUAUAUACAAAUGAGGAGAUGAAAUCUAACAGUAUUUAAUAUUUAUAUGAAAAAGUAGCAAUAAUGACAUUUUAAGUUAUUCUGUAAAUUUGCAAAAAAUUAGAAGAAAGAAGUUGAUUAAAAUCAAAAUAGUGCAGUGAGACGCUGAACUACAAACAGUUACACCAUUAUUUACAAUAUUAUCAUUUAGCAUUAUUAACUUGAUAUUUAAUUUUUAAACAUCGUGUUUAUCAUCAGUAGUUCUCGUGUAGGGUGACCAGAUCCCAGUAAACUACGUUAAGAUAAAAAUGUUUAGUUUUAGGUCACAUGUUUGACUUUGAUCAUGUGACAUGUCAUUUGAAUGCAUUUUCCCUGACUUUGAGAAGCAUAAAAUGAAGCUGAUGUUUAUUUCUGUGGUCUUGUCUCGCAUUUCCUUUUUCUUUCUUGUGUUAGAACUGCUGUUCUGUCUGAUAAUUAUCUUUUGAUUUCAUUCUAGAUCCUCACAUCAGCAGAAAGGUUUUCUAGACACGUUUCCUGUGAAACACGUGCUUACUUUAGUAAACCUUAACAAACUAUGUGGAGAUGGUCUCAAAAUGUGGAAGAAGGGAGAUGAAAUUUAAAUGACCUGGUCACCCUAUUCUUAAGGUACUCCUAGAUAUAAUCUGCUUUUUUACAGCAGGUCUAAAUCUGCUGCUUCUCUCUGUAUGAGGGAUAUGCGAGUUCCUGUCAGACAGAUGGUUAAAAUAAAAAUCUGUUUAUGGCAAAUAAUUCUGGUUUGAUGGAGGAUGGAUGCUUCAAACACCUGGUUAAGGUUAGACUUAAACUUCUGUUUUAAAUACUGUCUUAUGCAGCAGUGGCACACAUUUAGAAAUUAGAUUUAAAAGUCCCUUCAGAGGCAUUUUCCCCUCAUAUUAAUAUAAAGUGUGGAGAAAAGACAAAUUCAAAAUGUCUCAAAGCCGUUGUUUUUAAUAUGCAUUUUUGCUCCAUUGACUUUUUAUUUUAUGUUUUUAAAUUGAAGCCAUAACCACUACACUUGACCACUCUGACAGCCUGAAGGACUGCAGCUGUGGUUAUGAGACGCGUUAUGAUGAAAGUCAUGCUGACCUACUUUUUUAAUAUAAGCAAAUGAUUAUUGAACUUGUUUGAGUGGCCUUCCUGCUGUGCAUCUUUCAUAACAUUGUUUUUGCUUCUGAAACGGUAUUACAGUGAAACAAAAUUCAUCCAGCAGCUGUUUGUGAUGGUUGAUGCAGAUGACCGACAGCUGCUGCUAAAACUCAUGCAGCACGUCGCAGUUUGAUUAAAUGUUUGAAAAGGCUGCUGUUUGAAUGAGGUCAGAGGAUUUUUCAUGCUACAUGUCUCGUUCAGUGGGGUCACUGAUGUUAACUGAUGUGUUUUGUUUUGUGUCAUUAAACUGACUUCUUAAAAUGUAAA